CAUUCUGUCCAGAACUACAAAACACACAAAGCAGGGUUUAUUCACACCCUUAACCAUGCAAGUGGAGACUUACUGCCAACUCAUAGCAAGAGCUGCGUGCAUGCAUGCACACACACACAAAAACACAGACAAACACACAUUUACUGUUCCUGUUCAUCACUCUGAGAGUAAGUUCUGGUUGAAGAUCAGCAUUCAUUCAUGGCGUCCUUUAUCUUUCGGAUCAUCAGUGGAUCAGUGUUGAUACUAAUCUUGCUAAUGAUAAGAUGUGGAGACACAACAGAGCCUGAGUUGAACUGUAUUCCGUCUAUCAGAGUUCCUCGAAACACAGUGUGGACCUCUUCUGAAAAUGAGACUCUGAUGAUCAAAUGCACUGUUUUUACUGAACCCCACUGCUGGAAGAACUUACCAGUCUCAUGGUGCAGAAUUAAUGAUAAGAAUGAAUGCAGACCGAUGACUGACUCCACCCACUUUUCAACAGCAUGGAGAAAUAUUAGUGGGAGUCAAAGGAUGUUUAUUCUGAUUUUCUGGAACUUAUCCAAGCAGGACGCUGGGUUUUACAGGUGUCAGACACAAGCACCUGUAUCCACUUUAGGACAUGCUAUCAGGGUGACUGUGACAGCUUCUGACACAGACUUUAAACAUGUGAGCAAGAAAAACACAACAAAAGAAAUCAGAGACACUGAGCAGAGUGUGGUAAAGCAGUUCUUUCUGCUCUACUCUGUUCCGAUUGUGGUGAUUCUAGUGCUUUCUGUUCCAGUACUGAUUAAAACCAUCUGCAGGAAAGAGUAUUCUCUGCGAGACAAGGACACCCUCACCACUGUGUUUUAUGAAGAAGCAGAAGAUUCCAGUCUGCAGGAAUAGAGCUUCCCACCGAUUCCACUGCGAGAGCCUUCAACAGUGUCUUCAGUUAUUCUAUUUUAUUAAAUCAAACUAAAAUCUUAAAAGUAAAUCUUUAAUUUAAAGAGAGAUCAUUUAAUGUUUAUCUUUCACAAACCAGUAAUAAUUUACAUGUACGUCACAUAUGAAUAAAGUGUUGUGUUAAAUUGAAAAAGUACAUUUUUAUAUAUUUUAAAGAUGUACGUUUGUGCAGUUUGUGUUUGAACGUCUUUCAAGUAAUUAUUAUUUUAACAGCUUUUUUCACACAUGCUCUGUAGAGUCUAUCACACAGACUGGUGUGUGAAACUGAAGGCAGUUUACAGCGGAUGUGGGUUUAAUUCAGUCACUUCUUCCAUUACAGACUAUAAACAGGAAAACAAAUAAAGGUCAAGUGGACAGUGUCAAGGCUUUGUCUCUUUUGGUUCUGAAGAUUCACACCUUGAAAGAGGGGUUUGAAAAAACACAUGUCAAAAAUGCACACUCUCCUUAUUACCUUUUAGAUCUUGCAUACAGAGCAGACACUCAAAAACUUUAUAAUGCACAUAAUUCUUUAAGCAAAUGUAUUAAACGAGUAUAAAAUUACAGUCAUUAUAAU